GUUUGCUCUAGCGCCCUCUAUCUAAAUACAAUUUUCCAACAUGGCGGAACGUCAGAGUCGACGACGAAAGAAGCGAGAUGAUGGCCAAGCAGAGAAACCAACCGAUGAAGAAACUGCCGUUGGCAAACAUCUUCGCUUCAACCUUGCCACUAAGACCAGUAAUUUCAUGGGCCAUAAAGUCGAGUAUUUCACAGGAUCCAAGGCCGUCGACUUGAUGCUGGAUUCUAAAUGGGCGUCAGGCAAAGGCAGUAUAGAGAUUCUCUUCACUGAUCGGUCGUCAGUGGUGCAGUACCUGGAAAAGCUAUUGCACAAAGGUAUGUUCCAUCGCGCCCUGAAGGUGGUGAAGAAGAGCAAGAAAGAUGAGAAGAAAGACAAAGAAGGAAAGAAAGAGGAGAAAACUGAGAAGGAGGUGAAGAAAGGAGAGGCUAAAGCCAAGAAAGAGAAAGGAGAAAAGAAGGAAAGCAAAGAGAAGUCUGAAAAAGAGACCACAGAAAAGGAGGAGGGGACACCCAAAGCCAAGAAGAGCAAGGAAGUCAAACGAAAGAUCAAGUUGGAACCUACAGAGGAUCAAGUCUUCAGAGACGGAAACGAUGCUUAUGUUUGGAUUUACGAUCCCGUUAAGCCAAUGUACUACGUCUAUGGCCUGCUGUUGGUGGUUGGAGCCAUUACUGUGUGUCUGUUUCCUCUCUGGCCGCCAUGGAUGCGGGCUGGCACUUACUAUGUGAGUCUGGGAGGAGCUGGCGUCGUAGGAAGCGUCUUGGCGUUGGCAAUAGUUCGUUUCAUCCUCUUUGUCCUCCUGUGGUCGGGCACCAUGGGACGCAUCCAUCUCUGGAUAUUCCCAAAUCUCCUAGCCGAUGUCGGGAUCCUUGAAUCCUUCCAGCCGGCCUACGAGUACACCGUCAACAAACGCAGCGCGGAAUCGACCAAUGACGAAACCACUGAAGGGAAGGAUGGAGAGGAACAGACGAAGGGGGAGGAGGAGGGGAUGGCGGAAGGGGCGGGGCAAGAUGCGGAGGAGGUAAAGGAGGCAGGAAAUGACGAAGAAGAUGAGCAAAACGACGAUGACGAUGACGACAAUGAGAACGAAGAAGAAGAUGGCAGUGGCUCCAGCUCCAACCAAGAGAAUCGAGAGGAGUUCGAGAUCAUCGAGCCUGAAGACAUUUCUGCCGCGUCCCAAGAAGCAGAAUCGUGAAACUUUUUUGGACGAUAACUUAUUCACUUAUCACCAGAUCAGUGCUAGAAGGCCCUUCAAUAAGUCAAAAUAAGGUCAUAAAAUCACCGAAACGAAAAAUUUUGGGUUUAGAAAUUGGCCAUUUCUUUUCCUACAUUGUCUCAGAAGUUGUUUAAUUACUGUUUAGCAGUGAUUCAGAACUACUUGGCAUUUUGGGCUUGAAAAGUUGACUUUCGAGAAGCAAAAAGGAGAAUAACUAUUUUAGGUACUUUCCAGUUUUAGAAACAGUGUGCUUAUUGCCAGCACACAGUUCAGAAAAAAAAAUUCAAUAAUUAAAAGAUUUUUAGAGUGUUACAAAUUGUUAGCUUCUUUACAGCUGGCCAAACAUUAUUGAACCUUAUAACACUGAGACAGUGAUAAGUGUCGUGUUUUAUUAUUUUUGAGGUUUUUAUUUAUUCUUAAUGACCAUAGCACACAUCCACAAAAAUCAUAUUGAUUUUUGAAAUAUGAUAAAACUCAGUUAAUAUUAAGGUCCGAUGUGACUUACAAACAUGCAUCCAAUUUGGUGGUUGGAGUCUUUUGACCAUUGCUGAAAAAGCUUUCAGCAUAAUUUUCAUCAGAAAAAUCCUCAACGUAGCGUAAGUUUGUAAAGAUACAUUAUUUUCAGCAAUAAUAUUUGAGCAAUU